AAACAAAGCCCCCUCUCAGAACGGAGUGUGCUGUGGACGGUCGUGUACGAGUGCGGAUUUUCAGCGCUGAAAAGUGGUAUUUUUCAAUGAAAAACACUGGAAGAGUGCUGAUUUUUCGGCGGAAAAUGUGCCCCGCAUAGUGCUUGGUGUAUUCGGUGGUUUGAGUGAUUCAGAUGAGAUGUGUUGAGUGCCCCAUGAGGGAAGUUACAAUAAAAUGUGGAUUACUAACAGGAAGGAUUAUGAUUUACGGAUUAUAGUGUCUUCCUUGGGACUUCUCUUCUUGGUUCACGCAGCAACAGGGUUCGUUUCUUGUUCACCAAGUCCCUGCAAGAACGGCGGAACAUGCAUAUCAUCACCAAAAGGCGACUCCUUCUGCAACUGCACCGCAAAAUACGUGGGCGAAUACUGCCAGCACCUCAAUCCUUGCCACACAGGACCCGGACCUCGGUGUCAGAACGGCGGUUCGUGUCUAGUGCGCGUAUCUCCCGGUGGAUCUCCUAGCUUUACGUGUCGGUGUCCUUUAGGAUUUAGUGCGUCGUUAUGCGAAAUACCGAUCGCGAACUCUUGUGACCGAAGGCCGUGCUUGAAUGGAGGCACUUGCUCUCUGUUAUCCUCCCUGGAGGCGUACCAGUGUUCGUGUGCACCAGGAUACACAGGCAACCACUGCGAGAAGGAAGACCAUUGCGCCUCCCAGCCUUGCAGGAACGGCGCCGAAUGCACUUCCGUCGGCGAUUCGUAUAAGUGCUCGUGCGCGCCAGGAUUCACGGGUCCUACAUGCAAGGACGACAAGGACGAAUGCAGACACAAGCCGUGCGUACACGGGAAGUGCCACAACACACACGGCAGCUACACGUGCACCUGCGACGAAGGCUACACGGGUCAAAACUGCGAGAGCGAAUAUAUACCAUGUGAUCCGAGUCCGUGCCUGAAUGGCGGACAGUGUCGCCAACGUGACAAACAUACAUAUACCUGUGAUUGUCCGACGGGUUUCCGCGGCACCAACUGCGAAGAAAACAUCGACGACUGCCCAGGCCAUCAAUGUCGUAACGGCGGUACGUGCAUAGACGGCAUAAACUCGUACACAUGCCAAUGUCCUCCAACCUACACGGGUCGAUAUUGCACCCAAGACGUGGACGAGUGUUCUUUACGACCUUCAGUGUGCCAGAACGGUGCCACCUGCACCAAUAGCGUCGGCGGCUUCUCGUGCAUCUGUGUUAACGGAUGGACCGGCGCCGACUGCUCCGUUAACAUCGACGACUGCGCCGGCGCCGCUUGUUUUAACGGCGCCACGUGUAUCGACAGGGUUGGGAGCUUCUACUGCCGCUGCACACCAGGAAAAACAGGCCUCCUUUGCCAUCUCGAUGACGCAUGUACCAGUAAUCCUUGCCAUGCCGAUGCCAUAUGUGAUACAAGUCCCAUCAAUGGAUCGUACACCUGCAGUUGCGCCUCGGGAUACAAGGGCAUCGAUUGUUCCGAAGACAUAGACGAGUGUGAGCAAGGUUCUCCCUGCGAACACGACGGCAUCUGCGUCAACACCCCCGGCAGCUUCGCCUGCAACUGUACCCAAGGCUUCACCGGCCCCCGUUGCGAGACCAACGUCAACGAAUGCGAAUCACAUCCUUGCCACAACGACGGAUCCUGUUUGGACGAUCCCGGAACGUUCAGAUGCGUUUGUAUGCCAGGUUUCACCGGCACGCAAUGCGAGAUCGACAUCGACGAAUGCAAAGACCAACCCUGCCUCAACGGCGGCGUCUGCCACGACCUCAUCAACUCCUUCAAAUGCAGCUGUGCCAUAGGCUUCACCGGCUCCCGGUGCCAGAUAAACAUCGACGACUGCAUCUCGAACCCGUGCCGCAACGGCGGCAUCUGCCACGACUCCAUCGCCGGCUACACGUGCGAGUGUCCCCCAGGAUUCACCGGCUUGUCCUGCGAGACCAACAUCAACGAUUGCCAGUCAUCGCCGUGCCUCCACGGCGAGUGCCUCGACGGCGAGAACUCCUUCACGUGCACCUGCCACCCGGGCUACACCGGCUUACUGUGCCAACACCAAAUCAACGAAUGCGAGUCCAACCCCUGCCAGUACGGCGGCAAGUGCCAGGAUCUGGUCAACGGGUACCAGUGCCUGUGCAAAGCGGGCACGUCGGGCCCCAACUGCGAGAUCAACGUCAACGAGUGCUACAGCAACCCGUGCAGGAACAACGCGAGAUGCGUGGACGGGAUCAACAGCUACAACUGCGAGUGUAUUCCGGGCUUCACGGGUAAGCACUGCGAGAAUGACAUCGAUGAGUGUGCUUCCAACCCCUGUGCCAACGGGGGCGUGUGCAUUGACAUGAUCAACGGUUUCCGUUGUGAGUGCCCUCGUGGAUACUACGACGCUCGUUGUCUGAGCGACGUUGACGAGUGCAGUUCGAACCCUUGCAAACAUGGCGGAAGCUGCGAAGAUGGCGUCAAUCAGUUCAUCUGUCACUGUAAAGCCGGCUACAGCGGCAAACAGUGCGAGAUCAAUAUUGACGAGUGCGCUUCCAAUCCGUGCCAACACGGCGGGAUCUGCAGGGAUCACUUGGCGUCGUACACCUGCGAGUGUCUGCCAGGUUAUACCGGUGUUAAUUGCGAAACUAACAUCGACGACUGCGCCAUCAACCCGUGCAAGAACCGAGGUACUUGCAUCGACCAAGUCAACGACUACAAGUGCGUCUGUGAGCUACCCUUCACCGGACGGAAAUGCGAAGAGAAAUUGGAUCCGUGUACCCCUAAUCGGUGUCGGCACAACGCCAAGUGUACUCCUAGUUCGAACUACAAGGAUUUCGCGUGUACUUGCAUCGGUGGCUACACGGGGAGGUUUUGCGACCAAGACGUCGACGAGUGCGUCGUUUCUAAGCCUUGUCGCAACGGCGCCACUUGUCGCAACACGAACGGGUCGUACCACUGCAUGUGUGCGCGUGGUUUCGAAGGAAAGGAUUGCUCGAUUAAUACCGACGAUUGUGCAUCAUAUCCUUGUCAGAAUGGUGGUACUUGUUUGGAUGAUAUUGGCGAUUAUACGUGUUUGUGUGUCAACGGAUUCGAGGGAAAACAGUGUGAUAUAGAUAUAGAUGAGUGUUUGUCGAAUCCUUGCCAUAAUGGAGCCACUUGUAACCAGUAUGUUGAUUCGUACACGUGCACUUGUCCCUUGGGUUUUUCGGGGAUUAACUGUCAAACGAACGAUGAGGACUGUACGGAGAGUAGUUGUAUGAAUGGAGGGACUUGUAUUGAUGGGAUUAAUUCGUACACGUGCACCUGUAAGCCUGGUUAUACGGGUUCCAACUGCCAGAACCGCAUCAAUUUGUGUGACAGCUCUCCUUGCCUGAAUGGCGCCACUUGCCAAGACCACACGACCCACUACACUUGCCAUUGCCCCUACGGUUACACUGGAAAAGACUGCGGCGAGUACGUCGACUGGUGCGCCACCAACCCGUGCGAAAACCAAGCCAAGUGCCAACAAGACAAAAACCAAUACCAGUGUAAAUGUGGCGUGGGAUGGACCGGGAAAGUCUGCGACGUCGAAAUGGUCAGCUGCAAGGACGCAGCCUUACGCAAAGGAGUCCUCCUGCGCUCCCUCUGCAACAACGGUACCUGCGAAGACAUCGGCAACUCCCAUCGGUGCCACUGUUCCGACGGCUACACCGGCUCCUACUGCCAACAGGAGAUCAACGAGUGCGACUCAGCCCCCUGCCAAAACGGUGCCACGUGUAAGGACCUCGUCGGGUCGUACUCGUGCCACUGCGCCAAAGGCUUCCAAGGGCAAAAUUGCGAGCUCAACGUCGACGACUGCAAACCCAACCCGUGCCAGAACGGUGGCACUUGUCACGAUUUGGUCAACGGGUUCUCGUGCAGUUGUCCCUCGGGUACUCUCGGCCUCCUGUGCGAGAUCAACAUCGACGACUGCCGCCCCGGCGCUUGCCACAAUAACGGUACUUGCUUGGAUAAGGUCGGCGGCUUCGAUUGCAAGUGUCCGCCAGGGUUCGUGGGUCCGCGCUGCGAGGGCGACAUCAACGAGUGUCUGUCGAACCCGUGCUCGAACGCCGGUACUCUGGACUGCGUCCAGCUGGUCAACGACUACCAUUGCAACUGUAAAGCGGGUUUCAUGGGGCGGCAUUGCGAGUCCAAGGUGAACUUCUGCGCGACUUCGCCGUGCCAGAACGGCGGGAUUUGCACGACGAUCCACGCGGGACACAAGUGCUCGUGUCCGGAAGGGUACUACGGGAAGAACUGCGAGUCGAGCGGGUACGACUGCGAGCCGAAUCCGUGCCAGAACGGCGGGGUUUGCCGAAUUUCGGAUGGGGAAGGCUACGUGUGCGAUUGCCCGCUGGGUACCGCCGGUACUAAUUGCGAAAUUGACUCGCUGAAUGAGUGCAAUAGCAAUCCGUGUCAACAUCCUGAUGCGAUGUGUCAGGAUAAAUUGGGUGAUUACGCGUGCUAUUGUCCGCCGAAACAAACGGGAAAGAACUGCGAGAUUUACGACAGGAGUGCGACGGGAGGCUUGGGGAAGGCGGUGGUGCCCAAGAUGGACCUGAGCAGUUUCUACGCACAGGAUUUGGAAAAACAGCGCCAGCAAUGCAACCAGAACAAGUGCCCCAUGAAACGCGGCAACGGCCGCUGCGACGAGGAAUGCAACACCUACGCCUGCGAGUUCGACGGUAACGACUGCUCCUUGGGCAUAAACCCGUGGGUCAAUUGCACUGCGUCCAUCCGUUGCUGGGAGGUCUUCAUGGACGGCAUCUGCAACGAAGACUGCAACAACCCCCAGUGCUUGUUCGAUGGACGCGACUGCGAAAAGUCGCUGCAACCCUGCAACCCCAUCUACGACGCCUACUGCCAAAAGCACUACGCUAACGGUUACUGCGACUACGGUUGCAACAACGCCGAGUGUAACUGGGACGGUUUAGACUGCGAGAAAGCACCUCCUGAACUCGCAGAUGGCGUGAUUUCCAUGGUUAUUCUCAUGGACAUGCAAGGUUUUAAGAAAAAUCUUGUGGCAUUCUUGAGGGACACGAGCCACCAGUUGAGGACUAACGUGAGGGUGAAGAAGGACCAGAAUGGGCAGGAUAUGAUUUAUCCUUGGGUGGGGACUGGACCUAGUAGCUUGCAGAAUAGCUACUACACGCGGAAACAUCAUGUGGCUUAUACAGAACAAGCGCAGUCGGGGGUUAUAGUGUACCUGGAGAUCGACAACAGGAAGUGCACCACGUUGGCCGAAAGCAACGAAAAUUGCUUCCAAACGGCAAGCGCAGCGGCCGAGUUCUUGGCGGCGAAAGCCUCCAAGCACACUCUGUCGGAGUCCUUCCCUAUUUAUCAAGUGAACGGAUCCGUGGGCGACGUCGACAACGACAUCGACACCCCCACGAACGCCAAGUACGUCGUCUUCGGGAUAAUCAUCGUGUUUGCUAUAAGCAUCGCCAUCGGAGUCAUCGUCACCACGCAACGGAAACGCGCUUCGGGUAUCACUUGGUUCCCCGAAGGCUGGACCUUGGCGACCAACGGACCCAGAAGACGUUCCCGUAGACGCGGCCCCGAAGGCCAGGAGUUGCGCAACAUGAGCAAGAACGCCUCGAUUCCGGGAAUGGAGAUCGACAACCACGGCCAACACGGCCACGUCCCGCAGUGGUCCGACGACGACUCCGACAUGCCGCAGCCGAAGAGGUUCAGAGGGUUGGAGGCCGGCUACGCCAGCGACCACACCGGCAUCACCGACUACGAGGAGGCCGAGCCGCGGGUAUGGUCGCAGCAGCACCUGGAGGCCGCCGACAUCAAACCCAUCUCGAUGCUGACGCCGCCUCAGGGCGACCACAACGACAUCAACGCCAGAGGUCCGUGCGGGAUGACUCCGAUUAUGGUGGCGUCGACUCGCGGCGGCGGGAUGGACACCUGCGACGACGACGAAGACGACUCUGCCGGCGCGGUUAUCCAGGACCUGGUGGCGCAAGGGGCCGAGUUGAACGCGACGAUGGACAAGACGGGCGAGACGUCGUUGCAUCUGGCGGCUCGCUACGCUCGCGCUGACGCCGCCAAGAGGUUGCUGGAUGCGGGGGCGGACGCCAACGCUCAGGAUAACACCGGGAGGACGCCACUCCACGCGGCGGUGGCGGCGGACGCUCUGGGGGUGUUCCAGAUUUUGUUGAGGAACAGAGCGACCAAUUUGAACGCGAGGAUGCACGAAGGCACGACGCCGCUGAUCUUGGCGGCGAGGUUGGCGAUCGAGGGGAUGGUCCAGGACCUGAUUAGUGCAGAGGCGGAUAUUAACGCCGCCGAUAAUUCCGGGAAGACGGCACUGCAUUGGGCGGCGGCGGUUAAUAACGUGGAGGCGGUGAAUGUGUUGUUGGCGCAUGGGGCGAACAGGGAUGCCCAAGACGACAAGGAUGAAACCCCGUUAUUCCUAGCUGCUCGUGAGGGUUCGUACCAAGCAUGCAAAGCUCUCCUGGAGGCCUACGCCAACCGGGAGAUAACGGACCACAUGGACAGGCUGCCCAGAGACGUGGCCAGCGAGCGCCUCCACCACGACAUCGUGCGACUGCUCGACGAGCACGUCCCCAGGAGCCCGCAAAUGGUGAACGUCAUCCCCAACACAUCCAUGAUGACGUCGCCGACGGGCCAGCUCCAGCUACAGCAACCCACCGUGAUCGUUCCUAAGCGACAAAAAUCGAAAAGGCCGAGCAAAAACGCCAACAACAACAACAACAACAACGUCUCCGUCGACCCGACGAGUCCCGAGAUGGACUUGACGAACACCGGAAGUAUACGAAGAAAAGCCAGCGUGAAAAAGACGAAGAAGAACACGCAACACGUUGAGGUGCCACAGAGUGUCGACUCCAUAACGUCGACUCUCAGUCCGGUGGAGUCGCCCAUGACGAAUUUGCCGAGUCCGUACGACACGGCGUCGAUUUACUCGAACAUGGGGUUGACACCCCAGGGGUUGGAGAGUUUGAUGGGGAGCAAGCAGCCGCCGAGUUACGAGGACGUGGUGAAGAACAACCCCCCGAUGCAUAACCUGGUGAACUUGGAAAACUACGGGGCGUUCACUUUGGGGAACUUCCACGAUACGAUGAUCAUGCAGCAGCGGCAGCUGCAGCAAGCCAAUACUUUGAGCCCGCCUUAUUCUAAUCAGUCCCCGCCUCAUUCAGUGCAAUCUAACAUGUCGCUUUCCCCCCAAGGCUACAACGGCUCCCCUUCUCCUGCCAAGACACGCCCUUCUUUGCCUACAAGCCCCACCCACAUAGCCGCCAUGCGCGCGGCCACCCAACAAAAGCACGGGGGCGUGCCCCAGGCCCAAAACCUGCAAAUGGGGUUCGAUUUUAGUCAGACGGGGUUGGAGCUGCCGCUGGCGUACCCCACGGGGCUGCUGAACAACACCAACUCGACUCUGCAGCCGCAGCAGUUUCAGCAGAACUAUUACUUGACGCCGCCCUCGCAGCACUCCGAUCAUUUGUUGCCGGAUAAUUUUCCCACCCCCAGCCCGGAGAGUCCGGGCCAUUGGUCGUCCAGCUCGCCGCGGUCCUGCAACUCCGACUGGUCGGAGAACGUGGCGAGCCCCAACACGUACAGCUCGUCGACCGGACAUCAGACGAAUAAGGGGUCUGAUGCUAUUUAUAUUUAAGAUGUUAGAUAUGUCAAUGGUCUCAUUUUUAAACGCCAAAAUUUAACAACUGUACCUAGAAUCCAUCGCGUGCCUUUGCAUUUGUUGAAGCAUUGUAAUAUUUUAUAGAUGACAACUUGUACAUAUUUUUACUAUAUAUUUUUUAUUAGUUUUUUAUUUUUUAUCUCAAAUCACAUGACAUUCGAAAUGUAAACAUAGUUAAGGAACUUCCAUUUUUUUAUAGCGUACAGAAUUCAUAAUUCUCAUUAGUUAGCGUGUCUGUGAUUCAGAUAACGAGAGGGCCGGUGCUCACCGCCGGCGGCCUUGAAAAGGUAAACUGUUAGCUCAAAGAGUGCGGGUCGGUGGUGGUGAGUGGUGGCCCUCUUCGACGAUAAAUAUGACAAUAUUGCAUACAUGAUAUUUUUAGAUUUGUUAAUAUUUUUGAUAAAGCUAUUUAGGUAUUUAAAAAUCCAGUUUUAAGCACAUUCCGUUGUUGGGAACAUUUUUAGACGUCUUUCAAUAGUUGUUAUUGCACAUUUUAUAUGAAAAUCGCAGUAAAUUAUGUAUUAUAUUAUGAAUGAAACCACAGUUCAUAGAGUAAUGAUAAUUUAUACGUUAUUUGUAUAUCACUCUCUUUUUAUUAAAUCCUUGUAAAAAGUACUGAUUAGGUCACUAAUUAUCGUGGAUUAUUUUAAGGUUCUAUUAGUUGAAACACCAAUACUUCAAAAGAAGCAUGUGGAUACUUUUAUUUUAGUUGUUAAGGACGCAAAUGCUUUUGUACUAUAUACAUAAAUAAAUUCAAUUUUUUUAAGAAAA